AUGCGUUCAAUUCUGCUUCCGAUACUUGCGCUAUGCGCCUCGUGUACCGCGAACCUCCUGGGUCCUGUGUAUCCAGCACCACAGGACCUGAGCUCCAAGUCCAGCAAAGUCGCCGCUGGUUGGAACAACCUCACUUCGGUCCUACACAAGCACACCACCUCGAAUGAAUCUCCGCUGCACACCCUCACGUUCUCGGUGGGUUUGUUUUCCACCCAUGAUCGUACUGCCGAAGCAAUGCAGUUCCAUUACACAUCUUCCGAGAUCAGCCAGGGCCCCAACGGCACACGCAAAGUCGAUGGAAAUAGCAUCUACCGUGUGGCCAGUCUGACCAAGCUAUUCACGGUCUUUGCCGGGCUGCUUGAACUGGGCGAGGCAGACUGGGAGCGCCCUUUGACGAAGCUCUUCCCUGCGUUCGCCGCAAACGUCAAGGCUCGAAAGGAUCAUGAUUCAGUUUACAGCACACCAUGGGACCAAAUCACGCCCAGUGCCCUGGCGGCCCAGAUUAGCGGCAUUGCACGCGAUGGAAUUCCCUGGGAUGGUGGAGAUGUGUUACUGCAAUACCUCGGUGCCAUUCUCACUGGCCAGACACCGAACCCUCUCUUCGAUCCAGCGACCUAUGGCCUGCCUCCCUUGGAUCAGAGUGAGGUCCUCUCCUUAUCGCCCUGCCUUGCGGACGGGAACACAACGUGUGAUGGAUCUCUAUACACCAAGGGAAUUGCGAAGAAUGCUCCAGUGUACCUCCCUUGGACAGGUCCAGAGUACUCCAACAAUGGAUUCAUUCUGCUUGGGCUGGCCAUCGCCAAUCUCACUGGAAAGCCCCUCGAAAAACUCUACCAGGAGGCCAUCUUCGACCCGCUUGACAUGCGUUCCACCACUUCCGAUCCCCCUGCGGUCUCUACACUCUCCCGCUCAGUCAUCGCCGGCGACUAUGCAAUCAACUUCGGCGCUCCUGGCGGCAUCAGCAAGUCAUCCGGAGGUAUCUUUUCCACCAUCAACGACCUGGCGAAGUUCGGUACUGCGAUCCUCAAUUCUACGCUUCUGCCAGCCGACCGGACCCGUAGAUGGAUGAAGCCCGUCUCACACACUACGGAUCUGCACUACUCCGUCGGUCGGCCGUGGGAGAUCUACCGCUACAAGCAUCCAAAAUCCGGGGUCAUCACGGAUCUGUACACGAAGCUGGGCGACUCGGGCAAUUAUGGCAGCUUUCUCGUCCUGCUUCCCGACUUUAACGCGGGAUUCAGCAUCAUCGGGGCGAGUGCGCUUAGCUCAAGGUCCAAUGCGACAAACUUGCUGGCGGAUUUGGUUACGGAGGCUAUCUUGCCGGCGCUGAUGGACCAAGCUGCGCAUGAGGCCGGGAAGAACUAUGCAGGUAGAUAUGUCACCGAUAGACUCAACUCCUCCCUGACGCUGGCUGUGGGCGAAGCUUCAACCCCAGGCCUCUCUAUCACCUCCUGGGUCAGCAACGGCACUAAUCUCAUGCCAGUGCUGGCAUUGCCGCUGGGAGGUCUCAACGCACGACUGGUGCCUACGAUCGUAUCGGACAAUAAGAUCGCCUUCAGACCGUAUACUGUUACGCAGGAGGCGAAGAAGGGAUUGUUCUCGAGCAACUUCGACGUGAGCGACUGGCUGGCUCUGGGAAGUGGCUCCUACGCUGCUUCAGGGCUGGGGCAUUUUGUGUUCAACGUGGACAAGGACGGCAAGGCAAAGUCGGUGGAACUUCCAGCAUGGAACGUGACGCUCAACCGCCAUGAAAGCUAG